AUGGUUAUGGCACCGACUGCAUGUGUAUCGACUGCUGAAGUUUGCACUUUCAAGAAAGACUUCAAUCUGGACCAUCACGGUCUGGUCAGCAGUCAUGGCGAGGACACCUUGUCGCAAUCCUCGUUGACUGCCAAGGAUCUGGUUCUGGAGGUGUUGAAGAAGCGGGCGGCGGAGGUGGAUGUGGACCACUGUGGUCCAGGCGAGGAGGAUGCGUUCUACGUCGCGGAUAUGGGGGAGGUCUACCGCCAGCACAUGCGCUGGAAAAUGAACCUGGGCCGUGUGAAGCCCUUUUAUGCUGUCAAGUGUAACCCGGACCCGGAGGUCCUGCGUCUGAUGGCCCAGCUUGGAAACGGGUUCGACUGCGCUUCCAAGGCUGAAAUCGAUCUUGCCCUUCAGACGGGCAUCGAUCCGAGCCGCAUCAUCUACGCGCAGCCCUGCAAGACCAAAUCUUACCUGCGCUACGCCGCCGAGGUCGGCGUCAAGCAGAUGACUUUUGACAAUGCCGACGAAUUGUACAAGAUCAAGGCUACUUUCCCUGAGGCGGAGCUCUACCUCCGCAUCCUGACUGAUGAUUCGACCAGUCUGUGCCGACUGAGCAUGAAGUUCGGCGCUUCUAUGGACCUAGCCCGCCCACUCCUGGAGCUUGCUUACAAGCUGGACCUGAAGGUGGUCGGGGUCAGCUUCCACGUGGGAUCUGGCGCCGAGGAUCCGCGAGCCUUCCUCAAGGCCGUUCAGGACGCCCGCAUGGUCUUCGACCAUGCCAGCGAGAUCGGCCAUGAGCUUCACACUCUGGAUGUCGGCGGCGGCUUCUGCCAGGAUAGCUUUGAGAAGUUUGCCGGCAUUCUCGGCGACGCAGUGGACACCUACUUCCCACCCAACAUUCGCGUGAUCGCCGAGCCCGGUCGCUACUACGUGGCGACUGCGUACACCUUGGCUGCCAAUGUCAUUGCCCGCCGCGAUAUCCCCGACCCCGUGGACCCCUCGAGGGACGCUUACAUGUUGUACCUCAACGAUGGCGUCUACGGCAAUUUCUCCAACAUUAUCUUUGACCACCAGCACCCUGUUGCGCAGGUGCUCACCUGUGCCUCUGAGGGCUCCCAGCCUGGUUCUCCGAACUCUGCGACUUCGGAGAACAUCACCUACUCCAUCUGGGGCCCGACCUGCGACGGCAUUGAUGUCAUUACGGAGCGCAUCGAUCUGCCUGGUCUGCUGAACACCGGUGACUGGCUCUAUUUUGAGGAGAUGGGGGCCUACACCAAGUGCAGUGCCACUCGCUUCAACGGGUUCUCCGACAACCACGAGGUUAUCUACAUCUCCAGCGAGACCGGUGCCUCUGCCCUUCUUAACUACUAG